ACGACGAAAAUAUUGAAAUUAACCUGUGAUCUGUUUUACGCACUUUCAUUAUAUUUUUCUAAGAAGUACAAAUUAAACAUGUUGAUUUUGAUUAUGCACUUCUUUUUUAUCCGUGGCAUUGCGUAAACGCGCUAUUUUUUGACAGACGGCGACGUAAUUACAAAGCUGACAAUUAAUUAUUUUAUGACAAAACAUACGGUGUAAAUUAGAUUUAAUUAAACCAGACAUGGAUCAUAAACAAACUACAUAUGCUAUAAAAGCCAUUGAUAAGUUUGAUACGAAUACAUUACCAACGAUAGCUGUUAUUGCAGAAAGUGGAAACGAAAUGGGAGACAUGGAUAAAGAUCUGGAAUCUAAUGACACUAGUGUACCAUUCUCACAUUAUAAGGACCCCGAAAAUUCGUUGGAAGAUGAAACUGAUUUGGAAUCAAAUGCUGAUACAAAAGGCAUUCAUGGUUUGUUAAAAUCUGGACUAAAAACGCUGGACACUGGAAGUGAAGGCGGCUUGCCCGGAAGUAGAAAAGUAUCGUUUCAUAGUGAUGUUGGGAGCCAUAGUCAGCCUAACAGCAGGAAAGUUUCACAGAAUACCGACGCUGGCGGAUUUGUUCAACCGAUGCAAUAUUUGCAUCCAGUUUACUCGGGAAUUCCUCUGGCGCCAAACUACCGACGGAUUUCAUCACAGCCGUUCGCUUAUUAUGCCGAACAUCCUCCAAGUAGGAAAUCUUCAGCGGAAGUUUUCUAUUAUCCGCCAGCUCAGCAUUUGCCAAGACCCUCACAGCACGGGAAAGUGUCGGUAUUCUCUAUUGGGAACGCUUCGGACACAGGCACGAUAGGCGGUGAUUUUGCAGAGAGUGUUCCACAGUUAGAACACUAUCGAAUUAGCGUGUUUGACAACCAGCGGCCGACACUUUACCAACUUCGCGAGGAUGACCUGCGAGCGGCAGAGCAAAAUACGCCGACGGGACCACCGACCGAAUUGUUUGCUGACGAGUUGUACGAUGAUGUUGAGGAAGGAAAAGAAAAAAGUACGUCGGUUACAACCUCUGGACUCAAGUUUGGUUGGAUACAGGGCGUAUUGGUACGAUGUUUAUUGAACAUAUUUGGUGUGAUGUUGUUUUUGAGGUUGUCCUGGGUGACUGGCCAAGCGGGUAUCGGACUAGCUACUGUCAUUAUCGCUUUGUCAGGCAUAGUUACGUCUAUAACCACCAUGUCAAUGUCGGCAAUUUGUACAAAUGGGGAAGUAAAGGGAGGUGGAGCCUAUUACAUGAUAUCCCGGAGUUUAGGGCCUGAAUUUGGCGGUUCUAUUGGUGUUGUGUUCGCACUCGCCAACGCUAUCGCCGCUGCAAUGUAUGUUGUUGGCUUUGCCGAAACUGUCAGAGAUAUUAUGUGGGAAAACGACGCCUAUAUUACUGGUGACAGUAUUAAUGAAGUUAGAAUCAUUGGUCUAGCCACGUGUUGUUUGUGUUUGGGAAUCGUACUGAUUGGUAUGGAAUGGGAGGCGAAGGCGCAACUUGUGUUACUGGCCAUACUGACUAUUGCUAUAAUCAAUUUCUUCGUCGGCACGUUCAUACCACCCGACGAUGAAAAAAAGUGGAAAGGUGUCGUCGGAUAUAAUGAUGAAACAUUUUCAACAAACUUCAUUCCACAUUUCACAGAGGAAAAUAGUUUUUUCUCAGUCUUUGCAAUAUUUUUUCCGGCGGCCACCGGUGUCCUUGCAGGGGCCAACAUUUCCGGAGACCUUAAGGACCCACAAACGGCAAUUCCGAAGGGGACUUUCCUUGCUGUUUUACUCACAUCACUCGUGUAUAUUACUAUGGUAUGGUCCAUUGGCGGUUGUAUAGUGCUCACGGCUGUUGGAGAACUUCUGUCACCGGAAAUGGGUGUAGAUCCAGUUACCAACGCUACCAUAAUUCCAACUGUAGACAUAGUGCAACAAUGUGAAGCAUUCAAUCAGUCGUGUGAAUCGGGUCUUCUGGAAGAUACUGGGAUGGUUGGUGUAGCCUCUGCAUGGAGACCGCUGAUCCUGGCCGGUAUAUUUUCCGCCACAUUGUCGUCUGCGUUAGCCAGUAUGGUGGGAGCGCCAAAAGUGUUUCAGGCGUUGGCGAAGGACAAACUUUUUCCUUUUAUACAUGUCUUUGCAAAGGGCUACGGACCUAGUGGUGAACCAAAACGAGCAUACUUUCUUUGUUUUGGUAUAUGUUUGGCCAUGGUUUGCGUUGGUUCUCUUGAUCUUAUUGCGCCGAUCAUUUCUAAUUUCUUCUUGAUGGCGUACGCAAUGAUCAACUUCUCGUGCUUCGAUGCCUCGGUGGCAAAUUCCCCAGGAUUUAGACCCGGCUUCAAGUAUUACAAUAAAUGGUUAAGCCUACUUGGUUCCCUGCUUUGUAUUGCGGUCAUGUUCCUGAUCAACUGGUGGGCGGCUCUGGUGACAUUUAUGAUAGUUGCCGGUCUAUAUUUCUACGUCUUCAGAACAAAGCCAGAAGUAAACUGGGGCUCAUCAACACAGGCUAAUGCUUACAGAGACGCCCUGAAAACUACGCUUAAACUGAUAAAUGUAGAUGAUCACGUGAAGAACUAUCGCCCACAGAUACUCGUGCUCACUGGCUACCCGAGAAAUCGUGCAAACCUUGUAGAUUUUGCUGCAUCGAUAACGAAAAAACAGAGUCUUUUGAUCUGUGGACACGUCUUUCAGGGUGACUUUGAGGAACACAUGACCCGAGUUCGAUCCAUGUCAGCAUACAGAUGGUUUGAGAGCAAGAAGGUGAAAGCAUUUUAUAGCAGCGUAUGUGCACCAACAUUCAGAAUAGGUGUACAAGUCCUCCUUCAGGCUGUUGGCGUGGGUAAAUUACGACCAAACACGGUGCUACUCGGGUACAAGAACGACUGGCAAAAGGCUGAACCGAGAGAGGUUCUCGACUACUUUAAUGUCAUACAAGAUGCCUUUGAUUUGAAAUAUAGCGUAGGGAUCUUACGUUCUGUUGGUGGGUUUGAUAGAAACAAAGUUCCAGAUGAUUUACUAGAUCUAGAUAAUCCGGAACUAUUUGAAUCAGACGAAGAACUCGAUGAUGAUGAUGAUGAAGCACUUGAUGCUACAGAUAAAGACACUACUAAAGAAUCUAACAGCACUUCAAAUAACAGCAAUGAGAGAAAUAUCAGAAAAGUAAAAACAAACAAUAUGCGACUGAAGCGCUUGAACACCCUGGACGAAGGAAUGGAAAAUUUGGCAUUUGAAGAGGCACAAACCAAUGCGGACAAUAUCAGGAGUACCCCUGCACUGCCUGACAGACAGACUGUAAACUUUAAGGACAAACACUACGGUACCAUAGAUGUUUGGUGGCUGUAUGAUGACGGAGGCUUGACGCUUCUCUUGCCGUUUAUUCUACAUCAAAGAAAACAAUGGAAACAUGCAAAACUGCGUGUAUUCUGUCAAUGUACGAAGAAAGGGGACAUUACUGAAGACCAGACUAGAAUGGCUUCUUUGUUGGCAAAGUUCCGUAUUGAAUAUUCAGAACUAACCGUGGUGACCGAGUUAAACAAGAAACCACAGCUUACAACGUACAGAGAGUUUGAAAGUCUCGUGCAUCAGUGGCGCGUGAAACCCGGGGAAUUCCAAGAAGACUACCCAUGGAAAAUUGCAGAUACCGACCUGAUUGAGCAUAAACAAAAGACCUACAAAAAUCUCCGUAUAAGAGAAAAACUUUUGGAGCAUUCGAAAGAUGCAUCCCUUAUUGUGAUGACUUUACCGGUACCUCGGAAGACGUCAUGCCCGGCAGGUCUAUACAUGGGUUGGCUGGAGAUUCUGACAAAAGGGCUUCCCCCUACCCUUCUACUUCGAGGAAACCAGGAAAGCGUUCUCACUUACUACUCAUAGUAGAUCAUAUAUAUUCCGUGUCUGUAUAUAAAACUUGUACAUCGACAGGUCGAUUCCUUAUCCUUGAUUUUGUCUACGUUUUCCGACAAAUGAUAAGACCGUUGUGAGCUUGCAGUUGUGUUCUUAGUAGAAGCAUCGUCAUCGUACUGUUGAGUAGUGUGUAAAAUGACCGAUUGCUCAAAGAUCUCUUUUGCGAGAAUUUGUGCUGAAAAUUUGGCCUACACUCAUAAUGCAUCAUAUCUUUAUGAAGUUUACAGCUUUUAAUCCAUAUGAUUAUUAAAGUGUCUAAGGCCAACAUUUUACAAAGACAUUUAUGACAACACAUGAACAGUAGAACCUUACACAGAACGUGAUGUACAUGUUAUACUGUCACAAUACACUCAGAUAAAAAGUGAGCAGUGAACUUCAGAUUUAGAGAAAUGUGAAACAAAAACAAUAAAGUUUCAGGUAUUAUUUAUUUCAUUGCUCAGUAAAAGACCAUGCAAGAUUUACAUAAAUAUUAACCUUUAACAACAUAUAUUUCUUGAUUUAAAUGUAUCCCGAACAAAGUGUAUCAAUUUUUGUAAUUAUUUGAACAAAUUAAAAGAAAAGGAAAAAGCUAUUAAAAUACACGGGUAAAUAUUUUCAAGAAACCAGUGCUGAUUUUAUUAACGCCAAUUUAGCUUUAAUCCGCUGUAAUCACUCGAAACAAAUGUAAUACGUAGGUAUCUGAUGUACGAACAAUUUCAUGCUGCAGGCUUAAGGUAACCAAAUCACAAGGUACUCAUUGCUUGUAUAAUGGUCUGUUUGAAUUGUAGCUGUUUUCAUUAGAUUUUAAGAGAUAAUAUACCUUGAUAUACUAUCUAGAGAUUGGCUUAUAAACGCUCCGCUUCAUAUAAGCCGGGGUCAGAAUAUCAUUUUUCUUGUGACGUGGAAAUCUGCAUUUCAUAUUUUUGAAUUACUCCAAAUAUAUCAUUAUUCAUAACAGAUCAGCUUAUAUUGCAACAACCCGAAAGAGAAUUAUGUUUACGAUGUUCAUAUGUCAAAAAUAUUAUUUCCGUAGCCUUAAUUGGUAACGUAAUUGUAACGAUUGUCCAGGACACCUUGAUAAUUGCUAUUUCAUUUGUCUUUAUUAUCUUAUUUUAUUUUUAAUUGGGUUUUUUUUUCAAGCCCAAAAUCUGCCAAAUCUGAAACUCAACCAGAUGGUCGUUAUAAAGUGGACGUCUCCCAUAUCCGAAAGCACGCGUGCUUAACCAAAAUCAAACAUGUUAUUCCAGUGGAUUUUUUAAAUUCGUAGUUAGAUUACCGACUUCGUUGUUUUUUUUU